AUGAUUCGAGGAAUACCAAUUAAUUAUGUUUUAGAAAAACUUCAUGAAUUAGGUUCAGCUUAUUAUAAUGAUAAAUCCACUGCUUACGCUGAACUUCAUAUCGAUGGUUGUUUAAAACCUUAUUACGUUCAUAAAGAAUAUCUCGUUCUUCAAUCAACUUUCUUUUCGGAAGUUUUUAAUAAUGAUGAUAUAUCAAAUGGUGAUGUGAUAACUAUCUCUUUACCCGCUCCAAACAUGUUUGAUCCUAUCUUGAAAUAUUUUUAUGAUGGAGAUGCCGAUAAAUUUUAUGAUGCUUUAAAUAUUUUGAAUUAUAAACAAAUUUGGGAAAAUGUAGAAUGUUUGGGUUUGGGUGCUGAACCGAGAGCUGUUUGUUUGGCUUAUUAUCAAAAUGAAAUUAAUCAUGAAUAA